UUAACAUCCGUUUUGAUGCCUAUCGAUAGCGCGACGCAGAAACACAGCACACCGCACGGCCGCCUGCCUCAUGCCGCGAAUCAGUGCCCGUGUCUGAACCGAGCACGAACUAGCCCAAGUCCAACAUCACCCACUCGCUCGCUGUUUGAGUUUAUCCCUGACUACACGCCUGCUACACUCCCUCUCCUCUCCACGCCCCAGGUCCGCCUUGCCUCCCUCCAGCGGGCCCCCUCUACCCUCUCCACCCUGACUUUUCCCUGCCUGCGAGCGUGUGGGCUCCUCUUGCACGCCAAUCCCCCGCCGUCGCUUUGGGCCACACCUGGACUACGCCGCCCCCCUCCCCUCCCCCCACCCCCGAAAAGAAUUGCAGUCAUCUACGCCCUUCCUGGCACUUCCAGCUUGACUCUCCGCCCGCAAUGAACAACCAGCAGACUGGCAACCGGCUGCAGCUCAAUUUCGGCUUCGGCGGCGGCGGCGGCGAUCGAAACCAGAACUACAACCAAGACUCCAGCGGUCGUGCGUUUCCCACCACUCCGUCCACGUUCCCCCAGCCCGUGUAUCCUAACCAGGCCGGCCAGCAAGAAGUCUGGGGCACCCAACAGACCAACAAUGGCUAUGGAUACUUCAUGAAUCCCUACCAGCAGGCACAGUACCAGGGGCAGCAGGGCAACUUACAGCCCCCCGGUACUGCUGCCCGCUUCAACGACGCAACGAAUGGCUUGGUACAUCAACUCUCUCACCAACACCUCGGCGGCCGCUCUGGCAGCCCCUAUGGCCGCCAACCAUCCCCUAGCCACCAACGCCCCCGAACCGCCGGCGCCACUGGUCAGCAGUAUGGACAAUAUAUGAACCUGCCCCGACAGCCUUCUCUCAAUGACGAGGAGCCGCCGGCGAGGGCACCAGAGAAGUAUUCGGACAAUGUACUCCGGCAGGCAAAGGUAUCGGUUGGUCUGGUGAGCACCUUCUUCAAGGACAGCGUCCAGCGUGCUCGUGAUCGGAAUCAAAGGGCUCUUGAACUGGAAUCCAUCAUGAAAGAGCCAUCCAUCUCGGAUGCACGCAAGUCCCAGAAGGAGCUCAGCUACCGGCGGGCCGAGGCCGAGUAUCUGAGGUUCUUGCGAACGAAGGAGAAGCCCGAGAACUUCUCCACCCUCAAAAUCAUUGGCAAAGGCGCGUUCGGAGAGGUCAAGCUGGUCCAACGGAAGAAUGACGGCAAAAUCUACGCUCUCAAGUCCCUUGUCAAGUCUGAGAUGUUUAAAAAAGACCAACUGGCUCAUGUGCGCUCAGAACGAGACAUCUUGGCUGAGUCUGACAGUCCUUGGGUUGUCAAGCUCCACACCACUUUUCAGGACAACACAUUCCUGUACAUGCUCAUGGAAUUCCUGCCCGGCGGUGAUUUGAUGACUAUGCUCAUCAAAUACGAAAUUUUUACUGAAGACAUCACUCGCUUCUACAUGGCCGAGAUCACCCUUGCUAUAGAAGCGGUCCAUAAGCUUGGCUUCAUCCAUCGUGAUAUCAAACCUGACAACAUUCUGCUGGACCGUGGCGGCCACAUCAAGUUGACUGACUUCGGCCUGUCGACUGGUUUCCACAAGGAACACGAAGCAUCUUACUACAAGAAGCUCCUGGCUGGGGGACCUCACAAAUCCACAAGGGACAACCGGAAUUCCAUGAACAUUGACCAGAUUCAGCUCACUGUCAGCAACCGUGCCCAGAUUAAUACCUGGAGAAAAUCUCGACGUCAGCUUGCUUACUCAACCGUGGGAACGCCGGACUACAUCGCUCCGGAGAUUUUUAGUGGUCUGGGUUACGACUUCGGCUGUGACUGGUGGUCUGUGGGCACGAUUAUGUUCGAAUGUCUUAUCGGUUGGCCACCGUUCUGCGCAGAAGAGCCUCAUGACACAUAUCGCAAGAUCGUUGACUGGCCACGGAACCUCCACUUCCCGCCUGACCAACAACUCGGAGCAGAUGCAGAGAGCUUUAUUAAGAGCUUGAUCUGCGAUGCCGAGCACCGUCUUGGUCGAAUCGGAGGUGCCCAUGAAAUCAAACAACACCCAUUCUUCCGCGGCGUACAAUGGGAUGGCUUGCGUCGCAUUCGGGCUCCGUUCGAGCCCAAGUUGCAGUCGAACAUUGACACGCAGUACUUCCCGAUCGACGAGAUCGACCAGAACGAUAAUAGCGCUGCUCUACGCGCCCAGACGGCACAGGCGGGCGACGAUAUUGCUGCAGAGAUGAGCUUGCCGUUCAUCGGCUACACAUACAAGCGCUUUGAUGCCUUCAGAGGAUCUUAGAUACCUUGCGUGCACCCACCACUGGCGUUGAAGCAUUGGCCUAGCAUGAGCUAUUAUGACCAGCUUUUUGGACCAACAUUUUACCAAUAUCAAGACUUUACUUCCUCUUCCAAUACGCGCAGCACAUCUUGUCUAUGGGUCGCAUCUCCUGGUCAUCAUCGCCAUC